AUGAGUAGUUCUAACAAUACUUCUAUUGUUACUGUUACUCUUCAAACUGGUGGUAUUGCAGGUGAAACUUAUUGUGGUUAUGUUAAGUAUCAAGUCAAAAAACCAACAUUUGUUAGAUCUGGAGUAAUAGAAUUACGUUUAGAAACUACUGGUCUAAAAAUUAUUUCAACCCCAAAUUUACAACCUGGAAAUCUUGAUGUUGAAGGUUUUACAACUCGAACUGGAGCUGGUAAAUAUGAUGUUAUUAGUAGUUACCAAAUUGUUGGAACUUUUGAAAUUCCAGGACUUCUUCAUUCAAUGAGUUUAGAAUUACCUCCAGGAAUUUAUGAAUUUCCGUUUUCUUUUAUUCCACCACCUGACCUUCCACCUGCAUCUUAUUUUGGACCUAAAGGUUUACGUGCUCGAUAUGUUAUUGAUGCUAUUCUUUAUACCUCAGAGGGGCCAGUUCAAAGUAGUUAUGUUUCAUGUCCUGUUAUCUUUAAUUUAGGUGGUGUUCCACAGUCAUUACCUAAAACAGUUUCUUUUGUACUAAAAACUACAGAGAUUACUGUAUCAUUACCAAAACAAUGUUUUGCUCUUGGAGAAACAAUCACUUUAAAUUGUUCUAUUAAAAAUCUUGCAGGAGGUAAAAACGAUGAAUUAUUGGUUGAGUUGGUCAGUCAUUAUUCUUUCUUUUUCGGUGGUUUUUCUAAUAGUAUUUUAUCUUAUUGUGUUAAGAGUAUUGAUGAACCAUUCCAACAACAAAUCAGUUUUGUCAUUCCAAUGACUAUAUCUCCAUCAUUUAAUAAUCAGUCAUAUAGUUAUAGCCAUUAUAUAAGAAUUAUUAAUAAGUUUAUAAAUCCAGUUGAUCGUAUCGAAGGAGAAUAUAUUCCAAUAACUAUAGUUGCUCCUAAACCAAUGUCAUCUCAAUUAAUUGAAGAAAACCAAGCAAGUAACAUAGAAAAAAUAUUAACUUCAUCAUUAGAUAAUUUAAAAGCACCAAGAUUCCCAGAUCGUUGUGUUAAUGGAUUUGAAAAAAUUAGAUUAGAAGAUGGAAAGAUUGUCUAUGUUGAUCAUGUUAAGAGAUUAGUUUAUGAAAAUGAAAAUGGAACACCAAGUCAAAUAUUAUACCCAUAUUAUGAAUCUGAAUUAUUACCACCAGGACUUACCUUUGGUUAUUACAAGAAUCAACGAUAUAUUGUUGAUUUCUGUAAUAAACAAACAUUCUUUGAAUCUCAAAGACCCAUUCAAUGUGUUAAUCAAGCAAGUAUUAGUGAUUGUUCUAAUCCAUUUGUUAGUAUUCAUGUUUUAGAAACUACUGGAAUGAAAACAAAAGAUGGAAAGAAUCCAAGUACCUUGCUUUGUGGUGUAAUAGAUAAUAAUGGUAAAUUAUUAAAAUCAAAGGAAAGUAAAGAUGUAGACCAGAAAUAUUCUAAUUCAUCGUUCAUAAUUAAUCCAGGAGUUGAACGAAGAAAUGUUGUUAUUUAUUUCUUUGAAAAGAAACCUUUAAAAAAAGACACUAUCAUAGGUUCUGUUUCAUUCGAUCUCACUAAAAUAAAAUUUGGUAGUCAUUUUGAUGGAUGGUUUGAUCUUAGAGGAUCACCUUAUGGAAAUGAAUAUGUUUGUGGUAGGGCGCAUAUUCUCUUUGGAUAUGAUAGAACUGAACGUAAUAUAAAUGAUCAAUGGGUCCAUCUAAACGAUUUUUGCAGUGAAAUUUUAGCACCAUAUUAUCCAAAUGAUGAUACUAUGAAAAAAAUGGUUGAACAACAAAAUGAAUUUAGAUCUAAAAAGGGUGUUUCACCAAUUUAUGAUACAAGCAAAGGUUGUGUGAUUCCAGUUAAGUAUGUUGACUUUUAA